UUCUUAGGUUGGUGGGGCGGAGGAUUUAGGGGGUUACCGAGCUUACAAAAUCUCUCGACUUGUAUUGAGCCAAAAGACCAGUCUCUGAAUACCUCGAAUACCCGGGAGAAGCUACCUGAUAAUUAAUCAUGGAUCUUUCGCCACCCUGAUAAAGUGACCUUGUGAAGAGGAAUGCCUGCUUACCUAUCAGGACAGGACAUCAUGGAUGAACAUCAGUUAAUUGAAGAAGUCUUGGACAAGUUUGUUAAUGGUCAUGAGCAAACAUAUGAAGAAUUUCUGAGUACUUUCACUCAUCUUUCUAAAGAAGAUCAUGAGACCAAAAGAAGGGUAUAUGGAAAUGAUUCUUCAGAAAACAUACUUACAUCUAUAAAAUUUGCUAAUGGAGAUAAGCCAGAUGACCACCACCUUGAAAAUAAAACCAUCUCUCUUCCUACUUCAUUGCAGUGUUCAGAAGAGGAACAGUUUCAGAUAGUGCUGGAUGAAGGGCAGAAAGUGGGCAGUUCCUUACAAGGUGAUCUGAAUCGGGCAGGGAAGGUGAAGGUAGACAAUUUCCUAGAUUUAGAAGAUUUGGACUUGGAUGAAGAGCUUAAGCUGAAAAUGAACAGUGAGGAUGAGAGACAGAGUAAGACAGAAGGACAGAUGAGAGAGACAGACACAUGUAGUAGCUGUGUUCCACUAAAGCUUCUCUACUACAGAUUUUCUGCUGCUUCCAGGAGAAGUGGAGCAGGACCUAAGUGUCAGCAUUCCUUCUUACAUUCCUUCCAUGGUCCAGUCUUCAGCCCCUGCAGUAAAGUUGAAGUCCACUAAAAAAGGAACCAAUAUACAGACUGAGGAGAUACUUGGAGAUGAAGUUCAGCCCUUCUCACUUGAUGAAGAAUUUGAUUAUGACAACGUGAUACUCACCCCCAAGUUCACUGCUGCAGAGAUAGAUGCCAUCAAAGAGCUAUCCAAGCAAAAGAAAACUGCCAGCACAGACUUAGACUUAGAGGCACCCCAUGACUGAUUCACCAAGACAUCUUGUGUUCAUCUUGUGUCUAAACAACAUUAGAAUAAAAUUAAGCUUAUUG